AUGGUGAAAGGAAACCAGCCAUGGGCUAUAUUUAUGAAGCAAUGGACAAGGCAAAAGAAACAAUUAUCAAGUCUUUCAACAACAAUGAAAGCAAGUACAAAGAUGUGUUUGCAAUCAUUGAUAAAAGAUGGAAUUGUCAGCUUCAUAGGCCAUUGCAUGCAACUGCCCACUUCUUAAAUCCAGAGUUCUUUUAUGACAACACUGACUUGGAGUUUGAUUUUGAGGCCACCAAUGGUUUGUUUGAGUGCAUUAAGAAGUUGAUUCCACAAUUUGAUGUGCAACAGAAAAUUCUAACCGAGUUGCAUCUUUACAAGAUUGGUGCUGACCACUUUGGUUCCGACUUUGCAAUGGCUCAAAGGAAAACCCAUUCUCCUACAUAUUGGUGGCGAAUGUUUGGGUCACAAACUCCAAAUUUGCAGAAGCUAGCUAUUAAGAUUUUGAGUUUGACUUGCAGUGCUUCAGGAUGUGAAAGAAAUUGGAGUGUGUUUGAGCAAGUAAUUGUGACAAAACUCUAACUAUACUUUUUAAUUUUAUUUAAUUUUGAUGAUCAAGUUUUAUUUGGAGUAUA